AUGGAGAGCCUGCCGGCGGCUGCUGUGUCUGCUGCCGCCCAGGCGGCAGAGGCGGCAGGCGUCGCGUUGACGACUGGGUCUUCUUCUUCCUCGCUUCUGGUCCUUCUCGUUCCGUUUUUGUGCCCGCCUUCUUUCCUGUUUCUUCUGCUCCUCACCUUUUUCGUCUGUUUCGUCGCUUCUGUCCUUCUUCGGUACUUCAAAAUUCUGCACUCGAAACGCCAACAAGACCUCUUGCGCCUUGCCACGACGUCCUCCAGUGCAGUCGUCGCAGGUGUUCAGACAACUGGAUUCUCGUUCUCUCUUUCCUCCCUUUCAGCAGCUGUCGGCUUCCCGCCUGGGGCGCCGUACGGAAAGAAACAGUGGCUGUCCUUCGACAGCCUCGCGCUCCUCGCUCUCCUCACCAAAGAUGCCGCCGGGAACGUCUUCAGAAAGGUCUGGCUUACUGCGUACGCAGUCCUUUUUCUCUGUCUCUCCGGGGAGGAGCGCGGCCUCGACGCAGCCCUGAAGAGGCAGCGCGUGGCCCUCGAAGACGCGGACUCGGUCGAGCGCCGGACUGUCAUCUUUAUUCGCCACGGAGAGUCCGUAUGGAACACGACCUUCAAUCGGCCGAUGCUUUCGCUCUCCUUUCCGCUUCGCUUCUGCCUCUUUUGGCUAUGGGAACUCUUCCUUGCCCCCGAGAAAGACUCCGUCCUCUUCGACUCGCCGCUGAGCACUGCCGGGAUCUCCCAAGCUGCGGAGCUGCGCGCGGCGCUGCGAGGCGUUGUGGCCUCGCCAGGCCGCGAGUGGCCAUCCGCGCUCGCAGCCGGGACGGCGUCGCUGGUCAGCGCGCACUCAGGUGUAGGUACACCCGGGCUGGCGCCCGGGCCGCCACGGUCCGUGGAGAUGCAAGUUCUGGGCGACGGCGGCGGCGAGAGCCGCGCAGGCGGGAUGAGUGACGCGCGCGUUGAGCGGCGAAAUCUUGCGCAGAGCCCUGCAGUGGCGGAGCGAAACGGCGACGGCCAGCGCAACAGAACUGACGCCGUGCAGACGGCAAGCGAGGGUCCAGCAGCCUCGCAUCCCGGUCGCGGUGGAGGUACACCGCAGGCUCAAACUGCCAGGGGGGACGAGCGGGAAGACGGAAUCAGAAGUCGACUUCGUUCGAUAGAGGAGGAGGCCGCGCGCAGCGAAGAGGGAAAGAACGGCGCAAGCGAGGGAGGUCAAUUCGGGGAAAGCGCAGAGAUUCGCACGGGCACGGUUGAGAAGCGAGGGCAUCCAACCACCAAGGCUGUCGAAGACGCCCUGGUCCUUGUGAGCUCAAAUCUCAGACGGGCGAUUUCCACACUUCUCAUUGCCCUUGGGCCCUCCGUCCAACUCCACUCUCAGACUGUCCAGAUUCUCUCUUCUCUCCAGGAGUCCACACGUUUCCCGGACGCCUUGUCGCUUUCUUCGUUUCCGUUUUGUCGGAAGGUUUCUCCUCCUCUGUCGCAUUUGGAGGAAGCAAUCGUCGGAGCGUCACUGGGCCAGCUGUACGCGAGUCACCUGGACCAAAAAUUCAACCAAGGGAACAAGCGCCUGUACACCACGGUGGUCGGCCGGCUCUUUGCCUUCUCGUCCUGGCUGUUUGCCGAAGGAUCGACCGAACGCCAAGCGGUUGUCGUCGUCGGUCACUCCCGCUGGCUUCGCUACUUUUUCCGCAUGUUCUUUCCGGCGGACCAGUUUCACCCGGCGAAGGACCAGAAGCUGUCCAACUGCGGAGUCCUCAAGUUCGACUACGUUCAGCUGCGCCAAAAGGGUUCCGGGCGCGUCGACUACCUCAUAGAUCCGCGAUCUUGUCAGCUCUUGCGGGGAUCCUUCUUCCAGUAA